AAUAUCUUUGCAGUACUUUCUCUCUCUCUUUCCGGGCCUCCACGCUUUUCUCGUUGGGAAUUCGCUUCGAUCUGUCUCAGAGGUGCAUAAAGAGUCGACAAAAGAGAGAGAGUACUACUCACACACCCUCCGUUCUCUUUCACUCGUAAUUCUCACUCAGUUACUUCCAUCAAUGGCUUCGGCAAACAUACAGAAAGAAGAAAACCCUAAAAAUAACCCAGACCAACAACAACCACCCACAGAUCCUUCACCAACUCUCACCACAGACCACACCCCGGACACCACGUCCGUCGUCGGUACGAACGCGCCUAUCAAGGACGGCGAAGAAUCGAAGAGUGCCGUGGAGUCUCCGGCGACCGAAGCUCUUCCGGUGGAUUCUACCGCCGCGAGCAGCAACGUAGACGCCCCUGUUUCCAGUAUUCAGAAGAAGAUUCGACGAGCCGAGAGGUUCGGGAUGGCUGUGCAGCUCUCUGAGGAAGAGAAGCGUAAUUCUCGAGCCGAGAGGUUUGGGACUGUGCCUGCUGCACAUGGAUCAGAUGCGUUGAAGAAAUCGGAGGACCAGAAGAGAAAGGCUAGAGCAGAGAGGUUUGGUCUUGUGCAGUCCGUGAAUGCUGAUGAGGAUGCCAAGAAGAAAGCUAGGCUUGCCAGGUUUGCAGCAGUUUCUAAGUCAGAUCCACUGGAAGAAGAUAAAAAGAAAGCAAGGGCGAUCAGGUUUUCACAAUCUUCAUCUGGUUCUCUAUCAGAAGUGAAUGGCAAAGGAAACAUUGAGCCGAAAGCAGCUAUUACGGGCAAGGCUGGUGGUGGGGUCUGAUUGUCCUACUUUCCUCUUUUACAGUUUAGAGUUCUAGCAUUUGUGACUUCCCCAAUAGCUUUUGUACACGUCUGCUUCUUUAGGCUAUAAAUUUAUGAGGUGCAGCACCAGAUUUUGGCAACCGGAAGAAGCUUUCUCUUUUCGAAGGUUCAAUUAUUAUCAAUUUGUCAUGGUGAGGCCUAGGAUAAUCAACAACUACCUCUUAGUGUUAAACCCAUCCGAAAUGACUGAAAUUACUGCCCGGGAAAAGUAUUCUGCUUCUGGAGUUUUAUAAAGCUAAGUCUCUCGUUUUGUUUUUUUGGUAGGUAAUGUAAGACCUCAAUUCUGUAGGAAUUACAGGUCACUAAGUUGGUUCUUCUAUUUGACAACUUUAUCCUCAAUUUUGUUCUCUCUGAUUGAGAUGUGGACAUAGGGACAUAGGCUAGGUGUAGUGAUUAAUUAUCAUGCUUGUGGUGCCACAUACUCAAGAUCCAGUUGGAGUCGGCAUAUGUUGAAUGUGCAAGUAUAAGAUCAUCUGAUCCAAGAUUGUUGUUUUAAAAUUGUCCUACAACUCCAUGUAGGAUUAUGUGCCCCUCUUGUAGAAGUCUGACCCAUAUUAAUUGAAAUCAGUUGGACGCCUAAUGUGGUUCACUUAAAUAUGAGAUCAUUGCGACCUUUAGGUUUUUCUGAAAUAGUCUGGAAAUUGUCAAUCGCUGAAAAGGAGAAUCAUUAGUAGACUUGGAGAACAGCAUAUGAAGCAAGCCUGCUUAUGAUGCUUUUAAUUCUAUAUUGAUAGCUUGCGAGUUGUUAAAUGAGGGUUUUUGAACUAUAUGCAUUUCCUGUUAGAUUUGAGAGAGUGAUUAAGUACCAUGUAAUGCAUUCAUUGAAAUCAGCUUGCAAGUUGUUAAAUGAGGGUGCCAUUUCCUGGUCGUUUCAUGGUAGUAAGGAGUAAUAUGUAUUUUGCCACUAUGAAUCGCAGAUCAGAUGAUACUGAAAUGUGUAUUCGAUUUUAAGUCUUCGUUGGAUUAGAUACAUGUACUUGCACAUUCUCCAUUUUGCUGUUUUCCAACUUGACUGCUACAGUUUAAUAGAGCAGUGGGAACAAAUUGAUGUUAAAGUUGUCAAGGAUGAAUUUCUGGGCAAGUGAAUCACAUGAUUUGUUAUUACGAGGGUAUAGAUUCAAAAAUUAAAGAUUUUAACUAGCCUGUCAUUUCAGUUAGAAUGACUCAAGUUGUUGAUUACCUGGUCUCACUGUGUGAAUUGCCCUGCUAAAGUGAUUGGAUAUGCAGCAAGGGAUGGAAGAAGACGUUUGGUAACAGAGAUUUGUAGUUUUUGUUGUAGAAUGUUUUGAUUUAUCAAUUUGUAAGGAUAAGGAAGUUGAUUGGGGAAAUAAUUAUAUUGUUUGUUUUAUUUUAUCUUAUUUUAUUAAUGUUUUUCUUA